GUCAACUGGCACAAACAUUGAAGUUCAACCGGAUACGCCAAGACUUGAUGCUACCGGAAUGUUAAUUAUGCCAGCUGGAAUUGAUAUGUCUACUUACUUAAUACAAGAUAUCCAUCCGAUUGAUACAGAAGCGUAUAUAAAUUUUACAAAAGAGGCUCUACUUGGUGGGACUACAACAAUCGUUGAUACUAUCAUAUGUCCAAAAGAUUCAUCAGCUGUUGAUCUUUUAAUAAAAUAUAAAAAUACUUUCAAAGAAACAAAAUUUUGGUGUGAUAUUAUCAUUCGUAUUGGUUUUAUGGAAAUUCAAGAGAAUCAUUUAAAUGAAAUAGAACAAUUAGCUAAACAACAUGGGAUUAAUUCGUUUCUAUUUAUUGUUGAUCCAAUGGAAAUGGAUAAACCUUCUAAAAAUUCAUCAUACAUUACAAAUUUAUUAAAAGCUUUGGAUAAAUGUAAACAAACUGGUUCAAUUGCUGUUAUCAAAUGUGAUCUAAGAAAGUUAAAUUACAAUUGUCCAAGUGAUUAUUUGAAUAAACAAAAUGAUGUAAGUAAAAUAAAAGUAAUAUAUUUGUACAUAUCCUAACAAGUAGAAAACUUAAAUUUUCUGAUGUUUCGUAACUUAGUGUAAGUCACUUCUUCAGGGUAAAUAACUGAUCAAAUCAAAAUGAGUCCAAGUUUAAAUAGUACAACAGAACAACACAAAAAUAUUAUGUGCGAUCAAUGAUGAAAACAGAUCUAAGCAAGUUAGUGUUAUGUUAGAUGGUGGUUGGAGGUAGUCGACAGGAAACCCUGUACUUAGGUUUCGUGCUACUUGGCACUCAUCAGCAACAUGUACCUGUAAUCUUUAGGGAACUGGUGCUCCCUGACGGAUUCGCUCCCGUGUCACCCAGUCAAUGUUAUGUCAUUUCGGUCAAGAUGAUUUAUAAACGACAUGUAUGUAGGUGGGUGGGUGCUUGACUGUGUAUAUGUGCAAGGUCAGGGAUGAUAAAAUGUGACCUUUGUAGUGAGAAAGGAGAGAGUUUAAUUUGUAUGUAAGAUAAUAGUGUGAAAUGUGAAUAAUAUUAGAUAUGGUAGCUUGGAUAGAUAGUCCAAGUCGGAUGUAUGGUAAGGCCUUGUUUUCUAUUGAGUGCAGUAGGAUUAAGCAUUAUAAUUAAAGUCUUAGCUACUCUCUUUUCUUCGUAAUUAGAUGAUUACACAAAUAAAUUCUUAAUAUUGUAUGUAUAAAUGCAUUUAUAGCAAGUAGGAUAUGUCUGAAAAACUUUAAACUACAUACAUAAGAAGGUAGAGUUUUCUGCAUGUUCUUAAUAAAAAUUGUUUUGUGGAGUAGGUCAUAGAUAUCAGAUGAUGAAAUAUGGAUUAAGAUCUCAAGUUAACUAAUGUGAUCUAGCUAUUCUAAUUUCAUAGAGUGUAUACAUCUAAGCCAACUCCGCCUGUAGCUC